CUUCGAAUAUUUUUUCUGACAGUGAUGAUCAUUGGAGUCAAAAAUAUAAUUAACUACAUCUUUAGCCCACUACACCACUACCACUCCACAGCUUUAAACACUUGACCCCUCAGUUGAAAUACCUAAAUAAUGCUAAAGAGACUUGACAAGUUUAAAGCUAGCAAACACAUGCAUUUGUUAGCAUGCUAGCUGAUUGGUAAUAUAAGCUAAUGUUGUGUACAGAUAGCAUUGUGAUCAAAUGGCCUUAUGAGACAGAAAAGCAUACAUUUUUGCAUGUUAACCAAUUAGCAUGCUAAGAUAUCCAUGCUUAACAGACCAUGUUCUUUUGAACUACAGGUGAUGCUGUCUCCAAACUUCUCAAUCCUUUCAAAAGAUAUCACACCCCUCAAUAUCAGAAGAAAAACAUUAAGACAAAGAAGAAUGAGAAGUAUUCCUGAAAGCAGAAAUUAGCUGUGAUAAAGACAAUACAAAGACCUCCUGUACAAUAAAACAUCAACUCUAAAACUGGCCCAUGUGGUAUUUGAACCCAUGACCAUUUGAACUAUAAGUCAGUGUUUUAUCACAUUGAGCCACUCAGUUGAUAUGCCAAACAAGACAUUAAAUGUAGAUUAUCUUUUGAACUAUAUGUGGCAAUGUCUCAAUGAAAUUAGAGAUGCUUACUAAUUUUCUUUGGAAUCCGACAAUGUAUUUAAAAGAUAUAUCAUUUUAAAAAAUUUAAUUAAAUAUGGCGGAGGCAGUAUUACUGGUAUUUAAAAUAUUGACUUCGCUGGAAUCAUCAUGACUCAAGGAAUCCAUAGACAAGUAUGCACUGAUUAUAUGCUUAAGUGAACACAAAAUUGAAACAGGUAGUCCACUAAUUUUAGCGUUAUACGUAAAAUGUGAUGUCACCCCUGAUAUCUAAAAUAAUGACCAGGCAAAACUGAAAUACAACCAUUAAACGCUCGGAGUAUUUCAUGAUAAAUCAGCUUGUGUGAUUCACUCCAGUCCAGUAGAGGGCUGAAGAGUCCCGAGAGUUGUUUUUCUAACCGUCAUAAAACAAGAUGAAAGAAGAGUUGACAGUCGGAGCGUCCAGUUCGAUUGAUGAAUGUCAGUGCAUUAUAAUGACACCAGUGAAGAUUGAAGUGAAGCAGGAGAUAAAAGAAGAAAACCCAACAGAAGAACAACAGACAAAGAAUGAAGAUGAUGAUGAUGAUGAUGAUGAUGAUGAUGUUGAAGAUGAAGAUGAUGAUGAACAGCAUAUGCUGCAGACACCAGUAAAGAUUGAAGUGAAGCAGGAGGAGAUAAAGGAUGAAAACACAACAGAGGAACAACAGAGUGAUCAAGAUGGUGAUUUUAUUUCUGCAGGACUGAUGGAUGUGAAAAAGGAAAGUCAAGAGCUAAAUGAAGUGGAGUAUCUUCAGUAUCAUAAACAUCAUGAUUUCACAGUUGGAGAAAAAUCUUUGAGUGUCUCAAAGACAGGAGAGAAUUUCUCACAUAAAAAGCUUCAAAGAAGAGCAGCCAAAAAUACUUUCUCAUGCCAUCAAUGUGGUAAGAAUUUCACACGUAAAGAUAAUCUUGAUGCACACACAAGAGUUCACACCGGAGAGAAGCCUUUCUCAUGCCAUCAAUGUGGUAAGAAUUUCACACGUAAAGAUAAUCUUGAUGUACACACAAAAGUUCACUCCGGAGAGAAGCCUUUCACAUGCCAUCAGUGUGGAAAAGGUUUCAUAGAUAAAAGAAACCUUAAUAUUCAUAUAAGGAUUCACACCGGAGAGAAACCAUACUCCUGUCAUCACUGUGGAAAGAGUUUUGCUCAUAAAGAAAGUCUUAUUGUGCACAUAAGAGUUCACACUGGAGAGAAACCUUUCACAUGCCAUCAGUGUGGAAAGUGUUUCGCACGUAAAAAUAAUCUUGAUGUACACACAAGGAUUCACACUGGACAGAGGCCUUACACUUGCCAUCAGUGUGGAAAAGGUUUUGUAGAUAAAACAACUCUUAAUAAGCACACAAGGAUUCAUACUGGAGAGAGGCCUUACACUUGCCAUCAGUGUGGAAAAGGUUUCAUAGAUAAAAGAAACUUAAAUAACCACACAAGGAUUCAUACUGGAGAGAAGCCUUACAUGUGCCAUCUGUGUGGAAAAGGUUUUGUAGAUAAAACAACUCUUAAUAAGCACACAAGGAUUCAUACUGGAGUGAAGCCUUACACGUGCCAUCAGUGUGGAAAAGGUUUUGUAGAUAAAAGCAACUUUAAUAAACACACAACAAUUCAUACUGGAGAGAUGGCUUAAGGCCCCAGCACAAUUACAGAGAAGUUCUUCGUUCAGAGCUAAAAAGAAGUUAAAAACAGCUGAGCAAUGACAUACACUUUGCGAACAUUCAGACACCAGCCACGCUGCUGAAGAGGCAUUAAAGGAACAUUUAAAUAGGAGUAUGCUCAAGACUACAUCUAAAACAUCCAGGGGUGCAUGGGCAUUGAAUACACUUUCAAUAAAACCUAAGUUCGUUCCCUGCACUUUUUAUUGGGGAAAUAUGUUUACGUUGUCUGUAUUAUACAGCAAAGGUAUAAAUAUGUAAAUCACUAAUUCUUGAAACUUUGGCAAAAACAUGUCUAAGAAAAUUAGCACUAAGAAAAGUGCUAAUUCUGUUGGAAACUAAUAACAUUUUCAUGAAUAAAAAGAAUCAAUGUUAUAACCAUGGGGUCUUUUACACAUAUGUAUGGUUCUUUUAUAGGUUUAUUUUUAUUUUGUAUUAAUUUAUUGAUUAUAUGCUGGCCCAUUGCCUAAAAAUCAGUUGUCCUUGGAUUGGAGAUAAUCAAUUCAACUUGAUUAAAAAAACAAAAAGUUAUAAUUGAAUUGAAUAAUGUUUUUACCACAUGAAAGAGUACAUUGUAAUAUGUAUUAAAACCUACAAACAGUGAGUUUUGAACAAUAUUUACUAUUAUUUUGUGGUUGCUCAAAAUGUGUCCCACAUAUUCGUCACCACAGUCAGAUAUUUAUAAAAAGCAAUAAAAUCAGGCAACUACAAGGUCAACUACAUUCCUGAAGACCCCAUUUUCAAACCUUCAGCUCUACUGCAUGCAUUCAAGAUCACUCAA